CUUUUCCUGUUAGAACGAGACAUCAAUAAAAUUAACUCGGAUCUCCUGUAGAUAAGAAAAAGACAAGUGAAUAUUGUCAGUGAUUCAUAUUGACCUCUCCGGUGCGGACGCAAUAUGUGGGCGCUAACAUUUAUUCUCAUUGCACUAAGUGUAACGUGCAAUGGCUAUAAGAUUCUUGUUUCGUUCCCGAUGCCAUCCAGAAGUCAUUCUAUACUCGGUGAUGGUAUUGUAAAUGCAUUAGCAAAAGCAAAUCAUCAGGUUACUUAUAUAACACCAUUCCCUAAAAAUAAGCCUUUAUCCAAUAUAAGAGAGAUCGAUAUCAGUGACAAUCAACACAUAUUUAAAGAUGACGUGAGCAAUAUACAAGCAAUAAUGGAUAAAAAAACGGAUGUCCAAAAUGUAACUAGCUUCGUGACUACAAUGGCGGAAGUGAAUUCAAAGGCUAUUGAACAUCCAAACGUACAAAAAUUCCUCAACGAUCCAAAGGAGGAAUUCGAUGUUAUUAUUAUAGAAUGGUUAUUUUAUGAGCUACUUGCUGGACUCUCCGCAGUUUUUAACUGUCCAUUCAUCUGGUUAUCGCCAACAGAUCCGCAUUCAAAAGUUUUGAAAUUGGUUGAUGAAAUCGCUAACCCGGCCUACAAUCCCGACGUGAUUUCUUCCAACUACCCACCAUUUUCAUUUACUCAGCGAGUAAAGGAGUUAGCUUUCAUGUUUGGCGGAUUGGGGCUGGAAUAUUUCACCUUAAAUCCGAUACAGUUUAAAGCUUAUGAAGAACUCUUAGUACCAAUUAUAAAAAAACGGGGCAAUAAAGUCCCACUAUUUGAAGAUGUGUUGUAUAAUGGAUCACUGAUUUUGAGUAACUCUCAUUAUUCAGUGGGGAGAUCUGUUAGGUUGCCACAAAAUGUUAUUCCAAUUGGAGGAUAUCAUAUCAGUCGUGAAGUCAAACCGCUACCAGAUAAUUUGAAAAAACUUUUAGAUAAUGCGAAAAAUGGAUUAAUAUACUUCAGUAUGGGGAGUAACUUGAAGAGUAGGCUAUUGCCAGAGGAGGUAAAACAAAGCCUACUGAAGAUGUUUGGCAGCUUAAAGUAUACAGUUUUAUGGAAAUUUGAGGAAAACCUUCCUGGAACUCCAAGUAACGUGCACAUCGUACAAUGGGCUCCGCAACCGAGUAUUUUAGCUCAUCCAAACUGCAUUCUCUUUAUUACUCAUGGUGGUCUUCUGUCAACAACUGAGACAAUUCACUUUGGAAAACCCAUCGUAGCAAUUCCAGUUUUUGCAGAUCAAUUUAACAAUGCGAAUAAUGCAGUUAGAAAAGGAUUUGGCAUAAAAGUAGAUUUGUCUUACACUAUGGCUGAUAAUUUAAAAGUUGCAAUAGAAAGCGUUCUUCAGAACCCUAAAUAUGCAGCGAAAGCCAAAGAGCUGUCAAUGAUUUAUCAUGACAGACCGGUUACACCAGACAAGGAAAUGGUACACUGGGUCGAACACGUUGUGAGAACUCGUGGUGCCCCUCAUUUGAGAUCACCAGCAUUGGACCUAGCUUGGUAUCAAAAAUUAUAUUUAGACCUUGUUGCUCUUCUAAUAGUACUUAAGGUGUUGCUGUAUUAUAUUUGUAAAAAAAUUGUUGGUCUUUUUAAGAAAGACAAAACUAAAGUUAGUAAGAAGAAGAGACAAUGAUUUGGUUGUCGUUUUUUAUUGAAAAAUGUACUUGUUGAAUUUGAUUCUUUUUUUAAACCGAUUCUUACUAAUAAUUUAAAAAUUGAAUCUCAAUUCUUAACAAACUCAUGCCACGUUUGCAAUACACGCAUGCAUUUUAAUGUAAAAUUUACUUACUCUUGUUAAUAAGUACACAUUAGAAUCCUUUAAGUUUUUUUUUACCCUUAAUGCAACGAAGUAUUAAUAAAAAAGUAUUGAACGUUACUGUACCUCGUAUGUCAAAGAACCAUUUAUUGUUUUAUUCUUAUGCCAAGAUCUAUAGAGUGCACUUAGACUUAGCUCAAACUUUACGUACGACAAACUAAACAUAAACUUUGAUUUAGUAUUUAUAGACAUUUUAACGGUGAGAAGCUAAGCACAAGCUAGGUCAGAAAAUGACAAAAUAAUGUCUCUUGGGUCAUUUUUAACUGGUGAACUAAUGAAGUAAUUUUAUGUCUAAUAAAUAAGUCCUUUUUACCAUCCAAAACUUUGGAAAAUCACAAUAAUAUUUUAACGAACAUUGAUAAAAUAAAACAUUUUUUUCGCUUCCUGUAAUGUUUGGAUAUAAGAGGUUAUCAUUCUACAGCGACGUUAAGUCUUUAGUUGUAAAACUUCAAUCAAAUUGAAAUAAAAAAUAUUUUUUAAUAAA